ACUCAAGUCAGACGUUUGGUUAGGGUUCUCAAUUUCUCACUUCUAUUCGACGACUGCGAGCCUGGGACUGCUUUUUUCGACGCCUCUCCGUCCUCGACGACGCCUCUCCUCGGCGACUCCUCUUGGCAAGAAUUCAAGUUUUCAACACUCAACAGAUGAGGCUAUUAACUCACAAUAUGCUAUCAUCCAACAUCAAGGGAGUCGCAAAUGGAUUCCCGCUGAAGAUCGAGGUUGAGAAAGUGGUACAGAAGGAGGUCGAUUUCAACAUCGACUUCCUCAAGAACAUGUUUUAUAAGGUUGAAUGGAAGGCAUUGGCGGAAGCUUCUAGAACCAUGGGCUAUGCCGAGCUGCCUGAAAAUGCUGAUGCGGCUAUGCUCGAGUCUGAUGAUUUUCUUCAUAAGUUCCACCAUGCCCUUCUUGAGCUUCAUCUUGAAGAGGGUGCCUUGGUUUGUCCCGAGACUGGCCGCAAAUUUCCUGUCACUAAAGGUAUUCCUAAUAUGCUCCUUCAUGAAGAUGAGGUUUGAUUUUUAUUUCUCUUUUUGGGUAUUGAUGUGUUUUGCUUUGGAAAUGAGGGCUAGGGUUUUGAUAUUAGGGUUUAAGGAGUAUAUUAAGGUUUAAGGAGUUGGUUCAAAGCGACUUAUGAUUCACCAUUUUGAUUGCAAUGUGAUAGCCUUGUUGAUAUUAUGGAGUGAUUAUCAGAACUUCUUUGUUCGGAAAUUAUUGAACGUUCAGUUUUGUA